AACAUUUAUGCUGAAAACAUUCUAUAUACAUUAGACAUUCUCAAAAAAUAAUUUGUCAUAAAUAUACAUAGGAUUGUAUCACAAAAUAUCCCUAUUAUGCAACUUGCUUAUUCUAGGGGUUGAAACUUGCUCCUCUGACUUUCAUUAUUGUCAUAUUUGUGCCAGGGAAGAAACAGAGUUAAUCCAAUCUCUAGUCAAGAAAGUUCUGGGAAAACUCGAUAAUACACCUAUAGGUGUGGCAAAAUACCCCGUAGGACUUCAUUCUCGUCUUGAUGAGUUGCUCAGGUUACUGAAUGUUAAAGCAAAUGGUGUGAUAGUAUUAGGAUUAUACGGGAUGGGAGGAGUUGGCAAGACCACUCUUGCCAAGGCUUUGUACAAUCAGUUUGUUGUGCAUUUCAAGAAAUGUAGCUUUAUUUUAGAUGUUAAAGAAAUUGCAAUGCAACAAAAUGGUUUGGCCACUCUUCAAAGCAAACUCAUUGGUGAUCUUACCUCAGGUGCUUCGCCAGACAUAGAUGGUACUGUUAAAGGUAUCCAAUUGAUGAAGGAAUCUAUGAAUAAUGAGCCAGUUUCCAUUUUUCAAGAUGAUGUGGACAAUGCAGACCAACUUCGUGUAUUGGUUGGUGGGAGAGACUGGUUUUGCCGAGGAAGUAGAGUCAUCAUCACCACUAGAGAUAAAAAUGUGUUACUCCUAAGUAUUGUAAACGAACAUUUUGAGGUAAAAGAGCUCUCCUCGUCCGAGUCACUUACGUUAUUUAGUUAUCAUGCGUUUGGAAGAGAGCAGCCUCCUAAGAACUUUUCGGUUCUUGCUAAAGAAGUUGUAACACUCAGUGGGGGAUUACCUCUAGCUCUGGAAGAUUUUGGCUCUUUAUUAUUCUACAAGAAAAGAAUGAAGGAGUGGCAAGAUGUGGUGCAAAAGCUGAGACAGAUUCAUCCCGGUGAUCUUCAAAACGUCCUGGAAAUAUGUUUUGGAGUUCUAGAUGAACAAGAAAAGUGCAUCUUUCUUGAUUUAGCAUGUCUUCUUCUUAAUACAAGGCUUGAGAGGGAAGAUGCAAUUGCAAUAUUUAAAGGUUGUGGUUUUGACGCUGAAAGUGCAAUAAUAGAGCUCACAGCAAAAUCGCUUCUUAAAAUAGUUGAUGGGAAUGUUUUGUGGAUGCAUGAUCAGCUCAAAGACAUGGGAAGGCAAAUUGUACAACGUGAGAAUUUUGGAGAUGUUGGUAAACGUAGUAGACUAUGGAAUCGUGACGAUAUUACGGAUGUCCGAAAGAACCAUAAGGGCACAAGAAAAAAUGAGGGUAUUGUGCUUGACUUUGAGAAGAGGCAAGAUCAGAACUCCAAGGAAGUAUCUCGGAUCUAUUUGAAGAAAGUACUUAAAAGGUAUAUUGGCCAACGUAGAAAGGAAAAUGGUGUAACAUUUUGCACAAGAGCUUUUCAGUGCAUGGUCAAUCUGAGACUCCUCCAAAUCAAUCAUGUCAAAUUGGUUGGAAAUUUCAAGCUAUUACCUGCUAAACUGAAGUGGCUGCAGUGCAAAGGUUGCCCUUUACAAGUUAUUCCUCCAGAGUUAUUGUCCCGAAAGAUAGCGAUUCUUGAUUUAUCGGAGAGCAUGAUUACACACGUCUGGAAGAAGAAAAAGUGGAAUUGCUACCAGAAAAAGAUGGCAAAGCAGCUGAAAGUUAUGAAUCUACAUAGUUGUCGCCAACUUAAGGAAAUCCCUGAUUUAUCUGGACUUCAAUUGGAGAAGCUGAUUCUUGACCAAUGCAAGGAACUGGUUAAGAUCCAUCCAUCAAUUGGAGGCUUGACUACGUUGACCCAUCUAAACAUGAAGGACUGUCACAGCAUUUUGGCAUUUCCAGAUGAUGUGUCCGGAUUGAAACGUCUUGAAGUACUUAUCCUAUCUGGUUGCUCGAGUCUAAAAGAAUUAGCAGAGGACUUGAGUGGCUGGAAAUAUUUGACAGAGCUUCUUCUAGAUGGUACAGCAAUAACAAAGCUACCUAACUCUAUCUUCCACCUGAAGAAGCUUCAGAUGUUGAAUUUCAAUGAUUGCCGGUGUUUGGAGUUGUUGCCUAUAGCUAUUGGGAAUCUAAGUUCGCUGAGAGAGCUCUCUUUUAGUGGAUCAGAUUUAAAGGAACUGCCUGAUUCCAUUGGAAAUUUGAAAAAUCUUGAGGCAUUGAACCUGAAUAACUGUUUGAAUCUCCAACAACUCCCAGCUUCAAUUGGAAGCCUUAAGAGUUUGGGUUACCUAUAUAUGGCUGAAACUGCUGUUUCAGAAUUACCCGAUGAAAUUGGAAUGCUUUCAAACUUAAAACUACUGAAGAUGAGAAAGAAACCACAGCCUAGAGAGGAUGAACUGCUGGACAUGGAAGGCUUGCAUGUUGGCUAAAGCACUAAACGCGUUAAUCUUCCAGAAUCAUUUUUGAAUCUCUCAUCCUUGGAAGUCCUAGAUGCUCAUGCAUGGAAAUUCUCUGGCAAGAUUUCUGAUGAUUUCCAGAAGUUGUCUGCUUUGGUAAAGCUCGACC